CUCAAGUCGGCUCGAAUCUAGACUUAAGACAAUUCUUGAACUUAAGAUCGGUCUAUGAAUUUCGUCCAUAGACCGAUCUUAUUCAAGAUCCAUCUUAAGUACGAUCUUGAGACGUCAAUGUGGUUAUUUCAUUGGUUAAGUAAGUCUUAAAUCGGCUCGAAGCUCGAAGCUAGACUUGAGAUAAUUCUUGAACUUAAGAUCUGACUAUGAAUACCGGCCUAGUUAUGAGUUAUCCGCUCGUUCAAACGUGCACAUUGGCUACGUAGUUCAUGUGCAUGAUUUUCAGGUCCACAGAGAGCGUAUCGCGUUCGAGGCUCACCAAACGUCAAGCGGUCAGCCGUGUCGUACUGUUGUCUCUCAGGUGUGCUCUCUGGUCACAUGGAAAAAAGCAUGGGAGACUCCUGGGCCUGACUGUUACGGUCACGUUUCGUCGAUGAUAAAUUUUCUAUCCUGAAUUAAACCUCAAUUUUAAUAAUUAAUACAGAUUAAUAUUUUGCUUUGUAAGACAGAGAAAUACCUUUUUUUUACCAAACUUCUUUUUACGUAAGAACACAUCGAUUGAGUAUAUUUUUAAUGAUACUUAAGCGGAUUAAACAACAUUUACUUCCAACUGAUUAUCUAAUUUAACUGUUAAGUAGAUGGUUAUAAUCGAGUAAAUUAAUAUGCUGUCUAGAGUGAUUGUUAAUAUUAUUAGGAGAUCAAUGUGCAAUAAUGCACGUUUACUUUAUCGCUCGCGAGAUUCCUUGCACUCAGAUUUCUCAUUGUGCAAUGUCAAUGCCAGGCCUCAAAAGCAUUGUAAUUUAUAUAUAGCAAAAAGAUUCAAGUCCAGAAAGAAAGCUGCUGACAUUGAGAAAGACAAAGAUGAGGACUCUGAAGAGGAAGAUGAUGAUGAGGAAGCCCCUGUAGGUUCAAAAGUAAUGAAAAUAAAGACAAAUUCUCUACGAUUAGAUCUCGUUUCCAAAACUGCAUUUAAAAUGAGCCGCAACAAAAUCGAGGAGAUCUUUUAUGAGAGUAGGUUUCGCAUAAAUGGAAACAAAGUAUUGAAAAAGUCUAAAGAGGUGAAAGUAGGAGACGAAAUCGACAUAAUUUUACAUCAAAAUGUGGAUAAUCCUAGGUUGCUGGUUAUAAACAGAAUUGUGAUAUUAUCAAUAAGCCCUAUGAAAAAUGAAACUCAAAUACAAAUUAAAUUAUCUGUAGAUAAAAACUUGCUAAUUGAAAAUUACGAGAACUAUAUAUCUGUAUAGUUUUUUAGUUAUAAUUGUAUGCAAUAUAUAUAAUAAAGAUAUUAACAUUAUAUUGAAUAA